UCCCCGCACGCAGCAUCGGCAUCAGUAAGAGUUGGUAGUUGCUUUCCGCGGUAGAGUGUUCCGGUCGCUAAUUCAAACAUCCGAACGAUGCGGCUUGGUGUGAUCCUCCUUUUCCUAGCAGUGACCACCGUUGUUGUGGCCGGUGUCCGUGUACGAAACGAUCGACACCGGAUCGAAGUUUGUAGAAAGUUUAACCGACAGAUAGAAAUAUUCCGUCCCCAAGGGCUUACGGUUAGACAAAGCGUCUGGAGGAGCCUUCGCUCGCUUGACCUGGAACUGUACGUUAAUCAAGCGUUCCGCGAACGUCCGUCGUGUGAUGUGUGUGCGAAUGUGACGGUGACGGGUCGGGCCCGAAAUCCGCUCAUCAUCCACAACCGGACGGUUAUUAUACGCCCCGGGGAUACUGUUCAGUACUCCGUCACCAAACGCUACCGGCGUGGACGGCCGAAGCGUUUUAGCUGCGAGUUUACAGUAAAUGGUGACCUCAUGAAAUUAUUGACGAUAACGAGUUCUCCACGCUCCUGUCCGGCUGGUGUUCCCACGCGCCCUAGUCGCAAUUACGAGGAGGAACAGAAAUUGCUAUGGAACAUCAUUACCGACAGCAAGAUUUACUGUGAUGCAGCAGAGCUAACGAACCUGCUCGUCCUACAUCAGGACAGUGCGCGUCUUGUGUCCGAGGCAGACAUAAAAGAUCACUUAGUUAAGCGGCUUAGGACGCUGGUUCCAUCGCUUAGUUGGGAUGAGAUUGUGGAGGAUGUUCGCCGUUCGCAGGGAAUGUACUUUUUUGGAGUAAAGUCGAUACUGUUGAAGCGCGAAAUCCUACAGAUGAUCCGGGGAAGUACGGUGGAAUCCAUUAUUACGGAUUUCGAUAAACUGGAUCUUUCUGCGGUACGGAAUACGGACGGGAGUGGGGAUGGGGGAAGUGGUAGCGAGGAUUAUGUUGAUUAUGGGAGUGGAUUAGCAUUCUGAUAAGCCAUAUCGUACGUCAUACGGUGUGAUGGCUGGUGGAGCUUAAAAGCAGGAUGCAGCGUCGCGUGGAUCUAUCUAACAGAUAGAAACUAAAAGAAUAACGACUAUCCAAACUAUUUGGCGGCUCUUGGAGUAAAAUUUAUUUGUUACUGAGUUUAGACACCUUUGUCUUCAACAAGAUUCUCGGCUCUUCCGUGCAUAGAUGGAGCACACUUACGCGAGAAGACAUGACAUUCGUUUGAAGUGUCCGUAUCGUGAUCAAACUGAACUGAAAUUUUCAGCAAAAAAUAGCGUGAAAAAAUUAUAAAAAUCAAACUAAACUCAAUUCAAAGUAUAUGCAUAACACACGCUAUCCAACUUAUAAAUUGAAAAUCAAAAAUAAUUUUGUUUUAUGUUUAUUCUCUCAAAUAUGUUCGUCAAACGUAGCUUAGGGUGUUAAGAAUAUCUACGCCUCUUGGGAUUUUUAUCGCCCUCGAUCGUAUCUUAAACAUGGAGCAUUUAUGUGUUAUCAGAAGCAUACUGGUGGCUUGUAACAAAGGCUGGAUUCAAAAAUAUAUCAGUAAUUGUGUGUACCGCUCAUACAAGUUCAUCGAA